CAGGCAUAUUAUUCUUCCCUAAAAAUUCCCAAAUUCAGAAACGUGAAACCGGAGUUGUCUGGAGAGAGAUUUGUUCCAGAUUGACGUGGUUGGAAUCCUUUUAAUCGAUAAAUCGUCAUUUCUAUUUUGUGUUGAAUUUCUAUUGCCACGAAUACAAAAAAUUCUGAAAAAUCUUCAAGCUGCGUAGUGAAUCCUGUAUCCUACGAUUUCUGUUCCAUCCUCUUUUAUUUUUCUAGUUUAUUUUCUGGGGGUUCUCGACCGUUGAAAGAAUUUGGAAUUUGAAAUCUAUAAUUAACUCGAUCGAGAUUAUAGUUUCUGAUCUCUUUUUCCCCUUCUACUAUCAAUUUUUUGAUAAAAAGUUGAAUCAAUCGACUGAAAUGAACGAGCAACCAGGAAUGAUGAACCAGCAGCAACAGCUGAUGAACAUGAAUCGGAAUCUGUUGAAUAUGCCGCAGCCGCCGAUGGUUCCGAUGAAUCGGAGCUACGGGAUGUGGGGGCAGCAGCAGCAGUUUCAAAACCCUAAUCUGAGCUCCGACGCCAUGAAACCUCCGCCUCCCGCCUUCAGCAAUUCGUUAGGUCCUCGGCGGAAUUGGAAGGGCAAAAGGGUAAAUAAGCCGAUCGAUAAACGGAGGAUGGAGCAGCAGCAGUCCUUAGCAAGCUCCGGUGGAAUCGGUGGCGGUAGUGGGAAUCCGAAUUUUAGGAACUAUAACCCUCCCACAUUGAAUGAGCUGCAACAUCAGAAUUGGCUGAAGACGCGGAAAACUUUCACAAAAAAGAAGUCGAACAAGAGUAUGAGUAUGAAUAUGGCUGGUAAUGGUGGCAGGUCCGCCCCGUUUGCACCUAGGAACACCACUUCCUUUUUGAUUAGAGCGAAAAGAAGUGGUGGGAUAGCACCGGUGGUUUCUCCAUUUCCGGUGACCCCGUCUGUGUUGCCGACACCAAUCUUGUCCCCUUCCACCGAAGUUUUGGGGAACAUGGCGAAGGAGGAGUGGGGCGUGGAUGGUUAUGGCUCGAUGAAGGGGCUGAUAAGGCUGAGAUCUAUCGGGCAUGAAGACGAGGAGGAAGAUGAGGGCGGCUCGAGUGAGAGCGACAUGGAAGAACAUGUUGAGGUGGAGAGGAGGCUGGACCAUGAUUUGAGUAGGUUUGAGAUGAUCUAUGACCCAAAUAGUGGCAAUGCUGGCGGGAUGGAGCAUCACAAUAUUUUGGAAAAUCGGGUUGAUGAUCAAGACAGUCACAUUGCACAGCUCGAGGAGGAGAACUUGAAUCUCAAGGAGAGGCUGUUCUUGAUGGAGGGAGAGCUGGGUGAUCUGAGAAGGAGGCUGCUGUUGCUAGAAAGGCGGGGAGGCCGAGCUGAGGAGGUUGAGUCUGAAAAUGAGAGAGAGAUGAAUGGUGAGGAUGAGGACACCCAUUCAACAGGGGAGAAUGAUGAGAAUCUCAAUGAUCAGGAACGCAUAGAGGGUCGAUUUGAUCAUGGAUUCGAAGCUGCAGAGGGAUUUUGUGUGGAAGGGAAAUUGCAAAGUGGAGAUGAAGAGAUCAAGAUGAGUAAUAAAAAUGAUAAUGAGUCUAGUGAAGCAGAUAAAUCUGCUGCUCAAGUUGAGACAGCAGAAGAUGUUGCUGAUGAAUCUUGCAAACUUGUAGUUGAAACUGUGACUUGUAUGUUAGAGAGUGAAGUGUCUAAAGAAGACAAACUUGGUUGUUAGGUUAUGCUUUUCUUUUUCAUGCCAUGGUUGAAUGUGAUUAGGUUUUCAUUAGAGUUUGACUAAUGUAAUUGUCUCCACACUCUUGUUUAUAAUCAAACUUUUCCAUCCGUCAUUACAUAACGGACGCAAAAUAUAUGCUUUAUUU